GAAACGUUACAAUCCAAAAAAUGGUCUCCUCCUGCUCAUACAAGGACAGCACAACAGAGGGGGAGAGAGAGAGAGCAGAGACCCAUUUUCUUGCUCAACGCAGUGAGAGUGAGUGAGAGAGCGAAGAAAAUCCGAGAAUCUCGCAUGCAUUGUUUGUAAACCCUAAUAAUCGGAGCGUUCAUCGCCAACAUUUUUACAGUCAGGGGUUUAGGGUUCUACAACACACUCUGAUCAAGCUCACUCUUCUUUUCCUUCACUCUCUUAAAAGACUUGAAUCCAAUGGGGGCGUCAUCGGAUGCCAAGGGAGAUAUUGGUAUGAGCAGCAAGGGAGAAAGCUUUUCAGAUAUAGCUGACAUGGAUAUUGAUGAUAAUGGAUAUGAUGAUGAUUACGAUUAUUCGACUAGCAUACAUGACCUGGGGGAAGGGUUUCUGAAGAUUUUUUGUAAGGAAGCUGCAAUAGCUUUCUUCAACGAGUAUGGCCUCAUUAGUCAUCAAAUCAACUCAUACAAUGACUUCAUAAAAAAUGGUAUACAAAGGGUCUUUGAUUCUUUUGGUGAGAUUAUAGUUGAGCCUGGGUAUGACCCAUCAAAGAAGGGAGAGAGUGAGUGGCGAUAUGCUUCUGUGAAGUUUGGCAAGGUUACCCUUGGUAUGCCAAGCUUUUGGGGUGGUUCAGAUGAUGAAAAGGAGUAUAAAAUGUUACCUAGGCAUGCUCGGCUUCAAAACAUGUCAUACGCAUCCAAGAUGAAAGUGAACAUUACUGUUGAGGUAUAUACUCAAAAGCUUGUGAGUAGUGAUAAGUUUAAGACUGGAAAAGCACAGUAUCUUGAUAAGCAAAUUCUGAGUACAGACACCAGAGACAUUAUAAUUGGUAGUGUCCCUGUGAUGGUGAAGUCUGACUUGUGCUGGAUGAAGGACUUCGAGAAAGGAGACUGUGAUUUUGACCAUGGAGGCUAUUUCAUAAUCAAGGGUGCAGAGAAGACAUUUAUUGCACAAGAACAGAGCUGUCUGAAGAGACUUCUUAUCACAAAUAAUCAGGGAUUGACAGUAGCAUACAGGUCAGAGGUUAAGAGGCAUAGGCUAAUAAUUAGGCUAGUCGGGAUUUCCAAAUUAGAAAACAUUGAAGGAGUAGAGAAAGUCCUUACUGUUUACUUCAUGUCGACGGAAAUCCCUGUGUGGAUAUGGUUUUUUGCCCUUGGUGUUUCAUCAGACAGAGAGGUGAUGAAUCUGAUUGAUUAUGACAGUGAAGAUGCCAGCAUCUCGAACAUACUCUUUGCCUCUAUUCGCGAUGCAGAUAAAUUAAAUGAUAAAGUAGAUGGGGGGUUCCGUAGGGGGAAGAAUGCCCUCAAAUAUGUGGAUGAGGUGAUAAGGAAAACUGCAUUUCCUCCUGGGGAAAGUAUGGAAGAAUGCAUUAGCCUGUAUCUGUUCCCCAAUCUGAAAGGCCUAAAGCAAAAGGCUCGCUUUCUUGGGUAUAUGGUAAAGUCUCUAUUACAGGCCUAUGCUGGCCGCAGGAAAUGUGACAAUAGGGAUGACUUUAGGAACAAGAGGUUGGACUUGGCUGGUGAGCUUCUAGAGCGAGAGCUCAAGGCACAUAUUGGACAUGCACGGAGGCGCAUGGCAAAGGCCUUGCAGAGAGACCUUUAUGGUGAUCGUGCUGUGCGGCCGAUAGAGCACUAUCUAGAUGCUUCUAUAGUGACUAAUGGUAUUUCUAGAGCAUUCUCAACUGGAGCGUGGUGUCAUCCCUUCAAGAGGAUGGAGAGGAUGUCUGGUGUAGUUGCAACAGUUGGGCGAGCAAAUCCGCUGCAGACAAUGGUGGAUAUGAGGAAGACAAGGCAGCAGGUUCAAUAUACAGGGAAGGUUGGAGAUGCCAGAUACCCGCAUCCUUCUCACUGGGGUAAGGUUUGCUUUCUCUCAACCCCGGAUGGUGAGAAUUGUGGACUUGUAAAAAAUUUGGCUACCACUGGACUAGUUAGUACAAAUGUACUGGAAUCUCUGAUACCCCAAUUAUUAACAUGUGGCAUGGAGAAAUUGGUGGAUGAUACUUUUACAUCACUGCGUGGGAAGGAUAAAGUUUUUCUGAAUGGAGACUGGGUUGGAGUUUGUGAAGAUUCCCUCUCAUUUGUUUUGGAACUAAGGAGGAUGCGUCGCAGGAAAAAGUUGCCACAUCAGGUCGAAAUCAAGAGAGAUGUACACCAAGGAGAAGUACGCAUAUUUUCUGAUGCUGGAAGGAUCCUACGCCCUCUCUUGGUAGUUGAGAAUUUGAACAAGGUUAAAUCAUCCAAAGGGGGGAAAAGUUCCUUCCAAUAUUUUCUUGACAAUGGAAUAAUCGAGCUCAUUGGAGCAGAAGAAGAAGAAGACUGCUCUACUGCGUGGGGUAUUAAGUAUCUUUUCAUGGAAGACAAGGGAAAAUCAGCCGCGAAGUUCACACACUGUGAACUUGACAUGUCAUUUUUAUUAGGUUUAAGCUGUGGCAUUAUCCCAUAUGCAAAUCACGACCACGCACGGAGGGUCCUAUACCAAGCCCAGAAGCACUCUCAACAAGCUAUUGGUUUUUCUACCACCAAUCCUAACCUCAGAGUGGAUACUCUGUCUCACCAACUGCACUACCCCCAGAGGCCACUCUUCCAGACAAUGACAUCUGAUUGUCUUGGAAAACCAGGACGCCAUAACAGAAUUGUUCCAAAGCCUGAAUACUAUAAUGGCCAGAACGCUAUUGUGGCAGUCAAUGUCCACUUAGGAUUUAACCAAGAGGAUAGCAUAGUAAUGAACCGGGCAUCAUUGGAACGUGGUAUGUUCCGAUCUGAACACAUAAGAAGUUACAAGGCUGAGGUUGACAACAAGGAGUCUCUGGACAAGAGGCGGAAGCCUGAUGAUUGUGUCAAUUUUGGAAAGAUGCAAAGUAAAUUUGGACGUGUUGACAGCCUCGAUGAUGAUGGUUUUCCAUAUGUUGGUGCAAAUUUGCAGAGUGGUGAUAUUAUAAUUGGGAGGUGCAGUGAAUCAGGAGCUGAUCAUAGCAUCAAACUGAAGCACACUGAAAGGGGAAUGGUUCAGAAAGUUCUACUUUCUUCUAAUGAUGAUGGAAAGAAUUUUGCUGUUGUGUCUCUAAGACAGGUUCGUUCUCCAUGCCUUGGAGACAAGUUCUCAAGCAUGCAUGGACAAAAAGGCGUCCUGGGGUUUCUGGAGUCCCAAGAGAACUUCCCUUUCACAAUACAGGGGGUGGUUCCAGAUAUUGUAAUUAAUCCACAUGCAUUUCCUUCACGACAAACUCCUGGUCAACUCCUAGAGGCUGCUUUGGGGAAGGGAAUUGCCUGUGGUGGUUCAAAGAGAUAUGCAACGCCUUUCUCUACGCUCUCUGUUGAUGACAUCACAGACCAACUGCAUAGCGCUGGAUUUUCAAGAUGGGGAAAUGAGAGAGUAUACAAUGGUGCAACUGGUGCAAUGGUUCGUUCCCUGAUAUUUAUGGGCCCAACAUUUUACCAGCGCUUGAUUCACAUGUCUGAAGAUAAAGUUAAGUUUCGGAACACUGGGCCAGUCCAUCCUUUGACCAGACAGCCAGUGGCAGAUCGGAAGCGAUUUGGUGGGAUCAAGUUUGGUGAGAUGGAACGUGACUGCCUUAUAGCCCAUGGAGCUUCAGCAAAUUUACAUGAACGCCUCUUCACUCUUAGUGACUCCUCCCAAAUGCAUGUUUGCCAGAAAUGCAAAAAUGUGGCUUAUGUGAUCCUACGAACAGUCGCUGGUGGCCGUAAGAUCAGGGGUCCUCAUUGCCGGAUUUGCGACUCUGCUGAUGACCUUGUUCGGGUUAAUGUACCAUAUGGAGCGAAGCUAUUGUGCCAGGAGCUUUUCAGCAUGGGCAUAAGCUUAAAGUUCGAGACCCGGUUUUGUUGAGUGAAUGAAUAGUUGUGGAGUGAACACCUGCUUUUAGACUGAUGAAUAUUUCAGCUAGUACACAUCAGUUUUUGUAUAUUUUGGUUCCAGAUGUUAUCAGGACACCUAGUUGUAUAUUUAAAGAAUCUCUUAAAAAACAAUUCUCUCUUUAAAGAAUCAGUAUU